CAGCUCUCAGUGCAACAGAGUCCUGCUUAAGCGCAAUGCCUCGUUUUACUGUCCACAUCCGAGAUGAGUGGUUGGCAGUGCCCUGCCGAGAUACCACCAACACUAUAAGAUGGCUUGGACAAGAGGCGGUCAAACGUUACGUGAAGAACAAACCAGACAACGGCGGCAUCACGGCUGUGAAAGACACUCGUUUUGUUGUGCGCAGGUGCCAGGGUUCGGGUUUGUUGGACGCGGAUGACACCAUCGAUGAUGUACUCGAAGACAAUGACUUUGUCGAGCUUGCUAUUGAAGGAGAUACCAUGUCUCCUGACUUCAUACCGUGUCAGCCUGGCGUUUCUCAUCUAACGGCAGCAUACAAAGAACCUGGUGAGUAUAUUGCACUGGAUGGAAACAGCCUGACAUCGACAGAUCUGGUUAACUUAGGCAGAGGACUCUACAAGAUAAAGCUGACUCCGGAGGCAGAAAGGGGAGUUGUGCAAUCCAGAGAGCUUUUGGACACCAUAGUUAAAGAAAACAAAGUUGUCUAUGGAAUCACAACAGGUUUUGGAAAGUUUGCCCGAACUGUCAUUCCUGUCAGCAAACUCAAGGAGCUACAGGAGAACUUGGUGCGUUCACACUCAGCAGGUGUGGGAAACCCACUAAGCCCAGAGAGGACCCGCAUGCUGCUCGCUCUGAGGAUCAAUGUUUUGGCUAAAGGACAUAGUGGAAUUUCUCUGGAGACCCUUCAUUCCAUGAUCCAGGCUUUCAACGCUUCCUGUCUGUCCUUUGUGCCAGAGAAGGGAACAGUGGGUGCUAGUGGUGACCUGGCACCCCUCUCUCACCUGGCCCUGGGGCUGAUGGGAGAGGGUAAAAUGUGGUCUCCCAAGAGUGGAUGGGCCGAUGCCAAAUAUGUCCUGGAGGCCCAUGGACUCAAGCCAGUAUCACUAAGGCCUAAAGAGGGCCUUGCUUUGAUCAAUGGGACCCAGAUGAUCACCUCUUUGGGGGCGGAGGCCGUGGAGCGAGCCCAGUCUAUCGCCCAACAGGCAGACAUCAUUGCAGCUCUCACCCUGGAGGUGCUGAAGGGAACCACCAAGGCGUUUGACAGUGACAUCCAUGCAUUGCGGCCUCACCCAGGACAGAUAGAGGUGGCCCUACGCUUCCGCUCGCUGCUGGACUCUGAUCACCAUCCAUCUGAGAUUGCAGAGAGCCACCGGUUCUGUGACAGAGUCCAGGAUGCCUACACCAUGCGGUGCUGUCCUCAGGUUCACGGAAUCGCUAAUGACACCAUAAAAUUUGUCCAAAGCAUCAUCAAUACAGAAAUCAACAGUGCCACUGACAACCCUAUGGUGUUUGCAGAAAGAGGUGAGACUAUUUCAGGUGGGAAUUUCCAUGGAGAAUACCCAGCUAAGGCUCUGGACUUUUUAGCCAUUGCAGUCCAUGAGCUGGCCUCUAUCAGUGAGAGGAGGAUUGAGCGGUUGUGUAAUCCAUCUCUGAGUGAGCUGCCAGCCUUCCUUGUCAAUGAGGGAGGACUCAAUUCAGGCUUCAUGAUUGCUCACUGUUCCGCUGCUGCCUUGGUUUCAGAGAACAAAGUUUUGUGUCAUCCAUCCUCUGUGGACUCCUUGUCCACCAGUGCUGCCACAGAGGACCAUGUGUCCAUGGGGGGCUGGGCUGCUAGGAAGGCCCUGAGAGUUAUCGAACAUGUGGAGCAAGUUCUGGCCAUAGAGCUGUUGGCAGCCUGUCAGGGUAUCGAGUUCCUCCGCCCACUCCGUACCACCACUCCGCUGGAGAAGGUCUAUGACCUUGUGCGCAGUGUGGUCAAACCGUGGAUUAAAGACAGAUUCAUGUCUCCAGACAUCGAGGCUGCACAUCGUCUCCUGAUCGACCAGAAGGUGUGGCAUGUGGCCAAACCUUACAUCGACAAGUAUCAGACAGAGUACAUCCCCGAGUCACGCCCCGGCUCUCCUACUGCCUUCUCUCUGGACCCUCCAGCAUCACCAAGGAAGCGCCUUCGUCAUGAGUCUAUGAACUGAGCAUUGAAGUGAAAAUUAUUUAACAACUAAAAUGAAAAAAAACUAAAGCAAAACAACCAUCAUUUAUUUACACUUUAAAGGAUUUGAAUGACCAACCAAACAUCUCUGUGUGAGUUGUAUUUAUCAACACUUUUGUCGUCGCUUUAAAAUGUGUCUAAUUAAGUUUUUAUUGCCUCAUGACUACCUCAGCCACUGCACCAACCUAUCUAUCAAAUCUUUUUAAUGACAUAACACAAACAUUAUGAUUAUAUGUAGAUUUCUCUUGAGUAAUUUAUGAAAUAUUUAAUAACUGUCAUCUGUAAAACUUAAACAAUAAAAUGUUUUAAAGCUGCA